AUGGCGACGCACCAAGGCAGCGACCUUAAUUUUGAUGGCAGCUUCCUGAAGGACCUGCCUUCUUCCAUCGAAAGGUACACAUACCGUGGAGAGUCACAAUUCUUUGACAUCUUCAAAUCCGAAUUCACUCAACUCAAAGCCUCUACCGACGCUAGCGAAUUCUCCCUCUUUCAUGCAAGCAAAGAGACCAUCAAAGCUAUUUUCAAUCCUCAAACCGACGACACUAUCUCAAAGUGCUGCACUUCCUUCAACAUCAACGAAGAGCUUUUCUUAGCCACUAUGAUGUCAAACCCACAUAGUGUAGCGAUUCACGAGAUGAACAAUGCCAUUAUCGAGGCUCUGCUCCCAAUGGGAUUGUUCAAUUGCAUCAGAGGAUAUCCGCGUGCAACCGUCGAAGGGGAAAGCCGGGGCAAGGCGACUGACUAUGGCUGGGGACCCAAAAGAACACCGCCUGGUCAGCGCAUAUCACCCUCUGUUGCCCUCGAAGUUGCGUUCUCGGAAUCAGAUGCAAAAUUGAAUUCCGACGUCCGGUUUUGGCUAAACCCCGAUGAUGGCAAUGCGAAGGGAUGCCUAAUGUUACCCUCGGAGGGGUUGUGUCACCUAACCCUCAGCAUCGAGCGCUCUCGACCGGAAAUUAGAAUCGAAAUCUGGGAGAAGAAAGACAACAGGUGCCAUCGCUCCCAGGUAACCUGGAUUACCGGAAAAGGAACCCCGACGCACGUCACCCACCAUCCGCUCAUUAUCCCCCUUGAAAGUCUAUUUCUUCGCCAGUCAACUCGCCCCGAGGAGAAGGAUUUAGCGAUCCCAGAACAGCGACUGCAGAUAAUCGCGGAGACGAUUUGGGAAGUCCAGGGUUAG